UUGCACCGAUACUUCAGAAAGUGCGCGUAUCCAGCCGGAUACUGCCCCGAUACUCGGAUACUGCCCCGAUACUGCCCGAUACGUAUCCCGUAAGUAUCCUGUGAUUUAUUGAUUUAAAAUAAAGAAAAUAGUGUUUGAUACGUCUGGGAUACCUCUGGGAUACGUUUUGGAUACGGCAACCCUUCGUUCGACGUGAAAAACCGAAAACUCCUCGAUCCCCUCCUGGUGCCGCACGUCAUCAAUUCCCAGCUCGUCCCCUCGACUCCUUGGAGCAGGCGAGCAGUCGCAGCCCGCAGGUCUCCAACUCUCCAUAAAUUCUCAGCUCCAGUCCUCUCCUCCCCCACAUGUUCUUCUCUCCUUUUUCACUUCUGAACUCCAAUCCAAUCGACGCUGAUCGGUCGCCGGCUCGUCGCCGGCAGAAGACAUCCGUGUCUCCCCUGCAGGAGACCGGCCAUGUCUAGUAGGUCUUCUUCAGUUAGAACUGAACAGGCAGUGGAGGUAGCAUGGAUGCAGUCCAUGUAUUGGCUGCUGCUCGUGUGAUUCCGGAAGAUGAUAAUGAGAAGAAGCCUUUGUGGAGGUACGUCCAGACGUUGGAAAAUACUGGGAAAGGGAAAGGAGGCAACAAGAGAUCCAUGUGUAGGCUUUGUGAGUAUGUUAUCAAUGGUAGCUACUCAAGAGUAAAGGCACACCUUUUGAAGAUUCCUAACAUGGGUGUGAGUUCAUGUCAAAAGGUCACUGUCGAUGUUCUUGUUCAGUUGAAAGGUGAGCAAGAGAGAGCCGAUGCACUGAUUGAGAGCAAUAAACCUAGAGAAAUCCCACUGCCAACUGAAGGAUUUGGAGCAAAUGCAAGAAAGAAAAGGGGGGGUAAUCCAAUUGAGGCAUGCUUUGACAUGGAAGCUCGCAACCACCUUGAUGCAUUGAUCGCAAGGAUGUUUUACACAGCAGGGAUCCCAUUCAAUGUUGCACGUAAUCCUUGGUUCAGGGCAGCUUUCAUCUUUGCUGCCGGCCAUGCCAAUUCGUUGGCUGGCUAUGCCCCUCCAAGUUAUGAUAAGCUCAGGACCACUCUUCUGGUGCAAGAGAGGACACAUGUUGAUAGAAUGUUGAUGCCCAUCAAAUCAACAUGGAGCAGCAAAGGUGUGACUAUUGUUUCAGAUGGAUGGUCUGAUCCUCAAAGGCGUCCAUUACUUAAUUUCAUGGCUAUAACAGAAGAUGGGCCCAUGUUUCUAAGGUCAAUUAACACCGAGGGAGAGGUGAAGUCAAAGGAGUACAUCAGGGACAGGCUUUGUGAAAUUAUUGAGGCUGUUGGACCAGCAAAUGUUGUGCAGGUGAUAACAGAUAAUGCAUCAAACUGCAGGGGCGCAGGUCUGUUGGUGCAAGAAAGGUAUAAUCACAUUUUCUGGACUCCAUGUGUUGUGCACACUUUAAAUCUUGCCUUGAAGAGCAUAGGUUCAGCUACUAGCCAGGAUGACCCUCUUUAUGAUCAUUGCAAUUGGAUUAGUGAGAUUGCAGCAGAUGGCUUUCGCAUAAAACAUUUCAUUAUGAGUCAUUCCAUGAGGUUGUCUAUGUUCAAUGCUAGUAGUAAACUGAAAUUGCUUGCUGUGGCUGAUACUAGAUUUGCUUCUCAAGUUGUGAUGUUGAAGAGACUGGUACAAAUAAGACAAGCUCUAACAAUGAUGGUGGUGGGGCCAAAGUGGAAUGACUACAGAAAUGACAAUGUAGAAGGAGCACGAUUUGUGAAAGAAAAAAUACUGGAUGAUGAUUGGUGGAAUAAGGUUGAGUACUUCAUUGAAUUUGCAGAGCCAAUAUAUUCUAUGAUUAGAGCAGCUGAUACAGAUAAACCCUGCCUUCAUCUGACCUAUGAGAUGUGGGAUAUGAUGAUUGAGAAGGUGAAGGAAGUAAUAUACAGGAAAGAAGGUCUAGAACCCCAUGAAGAAUCCCCAUUCUUCUCUGCGGUCAAUGAUGUCUUAAUUUUUCGCUGGACAAAGAGUAGCACUCCGCUGCAUUGCUUGGCUCACUCGCUCAAUCCCAAGUACUACACUACAGCCUGGAUUAGUGAAGUUCCAGGCCGUCAAGCUCCACACAUGGAUCAAGAGAUUUCAGAUGAAAGAAAUGCAUGCUUUAGAAGAUUCUUUCCUCAUGGGGGCCCAGAAAUGAAUGAACUGAAACAGCAGUUUGCCAACUUCAGUCUUAUGGGUCCUGGAUUUAAUGGUUUCGACUCCAUUGAAGAUAGAUACGGCCGUCAAGCUCCACACAUGAUGGAAUGUAGCUUGCAUUCCAUCAUGUGUGGAGCUUGA